CCAUCAACCGGUCACGGUUAUACGCUCUCAGUUUUCCAGCGGCCGAGCGCACAGGGACAGCACAUACGAAUCGUAUGAAACUCGUCCAUUACUUUCACGGUGCUCUGACCAGACGACCAACAAGUGUGUAUAUAAGCUCCAGGUGUCCAAUUAGCAACCAUCACAUUCACGCCGACCACUGACGAGUCCUCCAGAUUCGCACCGUUAGCACACCAAAAUUGUAGAAUAGGUACCAAGACCGCGGUACACGAGGAAAUUCGUCAAUCACAGUUUUCGUCCGACGAAAGACGGUAACGUUUUCGUUUUCAUUUUUAUUAUACUUACCUUAUUUAAUUUUCAAAAAAAAAAAAAAACAAACAAAAAAACGAUGUUUUCUCCCAUCGCGAUUUCUUUCGUUUGCGUCUCUCUGGCCGUUUUCGGUUCCACCGCCUCCGUGCAACCACAACAAACACAACAACGGCAAGAGGACGGGUUUGGCGCUGUCCUAUGGUCGGUCCUGGAAGACUGUUUCGGCGACGUCGGUUCGGUCACCGUUUGCCUCAAAUCCAAAGCGUUGACGGCCCUUGACCGGGCUCUAGGCAAGCCCGCCUUGACCCUCACAGACGGCGUGACGCUGGCCGCCAGGGCUGGAAAGUCGCUGGCCGUCGACCCGCAGGCUGACCGGGCCGACCGCGCCGCCCUGGACUCCGCCCCGGACGCUGACAGCAAGAACGCCAUGCUGGACGACAUGCUUGCCAGCCGCAUGGACAGGCUCAUGUCCACCAGGACCAUUGUGCUGGACGGUGUAGACCAAGAAGGUCGUAAGAAGAAGGACAAGGGUAUGCAACAAGCCAUGAUGAUGGCCGGUAUGACGGCUGCCGCUGUAAUGGGACCGAUGGCAUUAAAAAUCAUCGCUUUAAUCGCAGUCAAGGCACUGUUGAUUAGCAAAAUCGCAUUGGUCCUCUCCGGCAUUAUGGUACUCAAGAAACUUAUGCAGCCCCAACAGGGAGGUGGUGGUCACGAAACCGAAUCACCGUCGCAUCAUUACGGCCGGAGCCUGCAACUCGAAGGCGCUGCUCACCAAAUGGCUUACUCGGGACAAAAGCAAUAACAACCAUCGCUGCGUUCUUAUUAAUUUAUUAUUUAUUUAUUUCGUGUACUUAAGCUAUAAUAGUUAUACUUUUUUACUAUUCUUAAUUUGUCAUGUAAUAUUUUGUUUAUGAGACUAUUCGUCUGAAUAACGGAAAUAACGUCUGAAUUGUAUUGAAGAUUAAUUUUCGAUAAAUUUUUAAGUAUAGGUAUUAAUUUAUAAACUUUUUUCUAUUACCUACUGCAACUAAAAUAAAUCUGUUUUUAAAUGCGA